CUGUGAAGUUUCCAUUCAUUUUUCGUUCAUCCAAACGAUCUGUCAAAUAGUUGUUUUGUAUAAAAUUUACCAGUGAAAAAAUGAUUAAUAACGAUAUUUGCGAGGCGCUGCUGGCCGUAAAAGAAGUGAAGCUUUCUUUCGAGCGAACCCUACGGAACAUCAACAAUAUACAACAUCGGUACAAUAUGGUUUCCGUCCUGAAAAGGAAGGCGGCCAAGGCAAAGGAAUCCUUUGAGGCGGAGAUCCAGGCGGCCAUCACAGAGCCUACCUCGGUCAAAGUGAGCAACCUACCGAGGAAGAGCUUAAAGACAAUUAAGACCUUGCCGCUGGUGGGCAACAAGCGGGUCAAGAGAGGAAAGAAGGCAAAAUUGAGCACGGUACAGGAAUCAUUCAAGGAAGAAUCCGAGGCGGCCAUCACGGAGCCCUCCUUGAAGAAAAAGAUUUUACUGCCGGUCAAAAAGAUCAACAAGAAGACAAAAAGGACCAAGCUUCCCGUCCUGUCACCCAUUUCAUACGGGGAAUCUGUGCCCCAAAGGAUUUGCUUCCGUGCAACAAGCUGCACCUACGAAAUUCACAGUGCCGCAACGCAAAUCAUGCAGCGACAACCGUAUGGUGAUCUCAUCCGCAGACUCUAUCGGGCAGCGCGGUGGAAGGCUCAGCAGGAGGCCAUGGAUCAGCAGGAUCUCGAGCAGUCCCCAGACGGUUUCAUCUGCCGCUGCUCCUGCUCCUCCUGCUAACUGGUCUUUAGAUAAAUUUAUCCAUGUGUGUUGCAUAUUUUUAGGCUUUUUCAAGCUUUUAAGUUUCCAGCUAAAUUUUGUACGAGUGUAUUCAAAUUGUAAAUUGAAAAAUUAUUAAAGAAAUGUUUAUAAGAAUGCAAA